GUUCAUGCAGUACAUUAAAAACAACAUAAUUAACUACUGUUGUCCCGUGGAGGCUAUGCGGUUACUUGUUUGCUUCCCAGAGUGGAAACAAUAAAACGAAGAAUGUUAAGAAUAAACUGCAACGUUAACAAAUGUAAAUCAAAAGGAAGCUGAGAUAUUUCAAGUAGCACAUCUGAACAACAACCAAAAAGACCAAAAAAGAGGCUUAAAAUUACAGCCUAAAAAGCCCUUUCUUCUCCUUUUUAGUUCAAAUUUAAGUCCUAAUCAAUGUACAUCCUUUAAAGUUAUUUUUAUUCAUUCUAAAGUUGGUCUGCCGGUUUAGAAGUUUGGGGGGGUUUUUUUUAGUCCACAUAUCACAUUCCACAACAGCGUUAUUUAUGUGGUUUUUGAGGCAUGGCCUUAAAUACUUACUAUAAAAACUGAACCCUUAAACCAAGAAACCAGCUUCAGUGCAGACGUGUUUGGUUUAUUACACAAAGGAUGGACUCACCAACGCCUGCAAACACAGAAGACCGGCUUAUCAGAAUCCGAUAGGAAGAGAGUAUGCCAGCUAACUGUGCUGGAUUUUAGAUUUUUAAUCUUUCGAAUUUUGGAAAAGGAGCCUGAUUUGAGAGUGAAGAUGGAGAUAAUGGCGCUUCUUAUUUUGGUGACAACAGGAUCAUCAGUCGCCCUGAGCAGCAGGAGCUCCACAAAAGCAGUGGAGUAUCUGCAAAAGUUUGGGUACCUGCACACCCCUCUAGACAGUAAAGACGUGAACUAUCCACCUGAGAAAAUAGCUGAAGCUCUGAGAGUCUUUCAGAAAGUGACCAACAUGCAGAUAUCAGGAAACCUGGAUUCAGCCACCUUGGCAAUGAUGAACAGAGCUCGGUGUGGCCUAGAAGAUCCAUUCAUUGACAACUCCCUCAGUUACAGAGUCAUGGGUUACUGGCGCAAGAAGACGCUGACGUACCGCAUUUACAACUACACUCCUCACUUGGGUCUGGAAAAGACCCGUCUGGCCAUCCAGAGUGCUUUCAAGUUAUGGAGCGAGGUGUCACCUUUGAGGUUCAUGGAGCUUCAGCAAGGUCGACCCGACAUCAAGAUCUCCUUCCACAGAAAAGACAAGUCGUGCCCCGUGCCGUUUGAUGGCCGAGGCCGUGUCUUAGCCCACGCUGAUGCCCCAGAGUCCGGCAUCGUGCACUUUGAUGCGGAUGAACUGUGGACGGAGGGGAAGAGCCAAGGCUUCAGCUUGAGGAUUGUGGCGGCUCAUGAGAUCGGCCAUGCUCUGGGCCUUGCCCACUCUCAGUACUACAGCGCACUGAUGGGACCCAUAUACAGCGGAUACCGCUCCGACUUCAAGCUGCAUCCAGAUGACAUCCAAGGGAUUCAGUCCCUAUAUGGAAAGCCAAAGAAGAUCCUGACAUCUGGAACUCCCUACCAGCCAAUGCCAGCAGGAGUUAGGCCUGAUCCUUGCGAGGCCUCUAUAGAUGCGGUCAUGUUGGGUCCAUCCAAAAGGACAUAUGUGUUCAGCGGGCAGUACGUGUGGACGGUAUCCAGCUCCAGCUAUAGCUCUCCCACUGUAAUUUCUGCACUGUGGAGGGAGCUGCCAGGCAGCCUGGAUGCAGCUGUUCACUCUCAGCGGACUGGAAAAUCCUACUUUCUGAAAGGAGAAAAAGUGUGGAGAUACACAGACUUUAAACUUGACAGCGGCUUCCCGAGAUUUUUGACCAACAUACCUGGAAAUAUCGACUCAGCUUUUUACUUCCCUAAAGACAAAAGACUUGUAUUUUUCAAAGGUUCUGGAUACUGGCAGUGGGAUGAAAUCGGUUCAACCAACCUCAACUCAUUCCCGAAACCUAUAAGCCAUCUCUUCCACGGAGUACCCAGCAGCACCGAAGCUGCUGUGGCAUGGACUGACGGCCAUCUGUAUCUGUUCAAAGGCAGACAGCACUGGCGCGUGAACCUGCAGCGGCAGACGGUGGACAAAGACUAUCCUCAAGACACGGCCUCACACUGGAUGCAGUGUGACGACUGAGCCACCAGAGGCCACCAGGGACUUACUAGAUCUGGGGGGAAAAAUGCUUCCUUUAGGAGGCUUGAAGCUUUCACAGUUGUCACUUUUGAUCAAAUUUAGUUAACAGAAUUUAGUGCUGUCACCGCUCCACACUUCAGGGUCAAUCAAGAGAACUUGACAGCAUCAAACAUGUGACUAAUAUGUUGUUAUUCUUGGUGGUUCUGCUUACUUUGUUAUAUAAACUGGGUGUAUUCUUGAUCCUUGCGGAAAAAUGUCUGCAAAUAGAGUCAUUUUGAGUGCUUUGCUUUAGGUUAAAAGACCUGAACAGGUGAAAACAGGGAAGCUGGAGAGUCUUUAAAGGAUGAGGAUUAGCUGCUGAGAAAGUCAGGAACAUCGGCGUAAACAGAUCUGCAGACUGAUUCAGGCGGAUUAGAUCAGUCAGCUGGGUGAUCCAGGAAUACGCACAUUUUUUUCUCUGUUUAUUGUUAUGGAAUCAUGAAAAGAACAA